AUGAACCAGAGAGAGUUAAAUGACACACAAGAGAAGCUGCAAGGCAGUGAGCAGUUAGUGGCAGCUUUUCAGGAGAGCCUACAGCAGAAAGACCAGACCAUCACCGACCUCCAGCAGACACUAUCUGACCGCGAGCAAAAGAUUGAGCAACUGCAAGAGCAGGGAGACAGGGCCAGUAGAGACCAACCACCACAACAGCCAGUCACAAAACCACAAACAACAGUGGAAGCACCAUUGGCAAUGGUUAGAGGAGCAGCAGUCAUGCAUGGGGAUACUGCUUAUUUCGCACCAGCUGAUUCAAACGAGAUAUACUCGUACCAGAACAUUCUAGAAAAAGGAUGCUGGUCACAGCUACCGGAUAAUUAUUUUGAGAAUUAUGGUCUGGUCAUAAUCAGUGGUUAUCUCACUAGUAUUGGUGGUUGGAACAAUGGUUCAACUGCUACCCUACUCAGCCUCAUACGUGAGGACAAAAGGAAGAUCUGGUCUGCAAUCUUCCCUCCCAUGUUUACACCCCGUAGUGACGCGGCCUGUAUUACAACUGAGAGUGACCUAGUUGUGGUAGGUGGUAUUGGAAAGUUUUUCGAAAAAUGUCGAUACUGUGGAGGUGAUGAACAUCGAUUCUGA